GCCCGUGAUCUGCCGGGACCUCGUGCUGGCUUGGGUGCUGCUGAGUUCUGUAGGGUCAGCUUGCAGGCCCUGGGAACCAUGCAGAGAAGGGAGGAGAGUGGCUUUGGAGAGGCAGACGGAGGCUACCCGGCUCUUGCGUGCAUGUGUUUAACUUGAAUGCGAGUGCCCUGUAAGAAUACUUACCCCCACAACAUGCGGUACACUCUGAUUUUCUAUUCUGUCCUUUUUUAAAAAUGCUGUUUAUAAGCCAUUAAGCUGACUUCAUAUUUAGCGUUAUGACCCAAAGUUUGAAAACACUGCCUUAGAAGAACUGUGUUCUGAUUCUGUAUCUGUUUCUAAUUAGUUAGGUGCCUGAUUGAGCAAAGCAUUUAGCUUCUCCGAGCCUCAGUUUGUACACAUGCAAAAACGAGAGACGUGGAUUAGACUGGUGGUUCUCAAGUCUUCACUGUAUACUAGUCACGAGGAAACUGAAAAUCUGGAUAGCCUGGCCACACACCAGACCAGUGACACCGGAAUGUGGGCUGCCUUUGCCGCAGUGUUGCACUGGAGCCACAUCACACACCUCUUUGAAAACGACCGGCAUUUUUCUCACCUCUCAGCAUUGGAAAGGGAGAUGGCUUUUCGCACUGAAAUGGGAUUAUAUUAUUCCUACUUUAAGACUAUUGUGGAAGCACCCUCAUUUUUGAAUGGAGUAUGGAUGAUUAUGAAUGAUAAGCUGACUGAAUACCCCCUUGUUAUUAAUACAUUAAAAAGGUUCAAUCUUUACCCUGAGGUAAUCUUGGCCAGCUGGUACAGGAUAUAUACCAAAAUAAUGGACUUGAUUGGCAUUCAGACCAAGAUAUGUUGGACGGUCACCAGAGGAGAAGGACUCAGUCCAAUUGAAAGCUGUGAAGGAUUGGGAGAUCCUGCUUGCUUUUAUGUUGCUGUGAUUUUUAUUUUAAAUGGACUCAUGAUGGCAUUAUUCUUCAUAUAUGGCACAUAUUUAAGUGGCAGCCGACUAGGGGGCCUGGUUACAGUGCUGUGCUUCUUUUUCAAUCAUGGAGAGUGCACCCGUGUGAUGUGGACGCCCCCUCUCCGGGAGAGCUUCUCAUACCCGUUCCUUGUACUUCAGAUGUUGCUUGUGACUCAUAUUCUCAGGGCUACAAAACUUUACAGAGGCAGCUUGAUUGCACUCUGCAUUUCCAAUGUGUUUUUCAUGCUUCCAUGGCAGUUUGCUCAGUUUGUACUUCUUACUCAGGUUGCAUCAUUAUUCACAGUAUAUGUCGUGGGAUACAUUGAUAUAUGCAAAUUACGGAAGAUCAUUUAUAUACAUAUGAUUUCUCUUGCACUUUGUUUUGUUUUGAUGUUUGGAAACUCAAUGUUAUUAACUUCUUAUUAUGCUUCCUCUUUGGUGAUUAUUUGGAGUGUACUGGCAAUGAAACCACAUUUCUUGAAAAUAAAUGUAUCUGAACUUAGUUUAUGGGUUAUCCAAGGAUGCUUUUGGUUGUUUGGAACUGUCAUACUGAAGUAUUUGACAUCUAAAAUUUUUGGCAUUGCAGAUGAUGCUCAUAUUGGCAACUUAUUAACAUCAAAAUUCUUCAGUUACAAGGAUUUUGAUACUUUAUUGUAUACCUGCGCGGCUGAGUUUGACUUUAUGGAGAAGGAGACCCCGCUGCGGUAUACCAAGACGCUGCUGCUGCCAGUUGUCCUCCUUGUGUUCGCUGCCAUCGUUAGAAAGAUUAUUGGUGACAUGUGGGGUGUCGUAACAAAACAGCAGGCACAUGUAAGAAAACAUCAGUUUGAUCAUGGAGAGCUGGUUUAUCAUGCAUUGCAACUGCUGGCAUAUACAGCCCUUGGUAUUUUAAUUAUGAGACUGAAACUCUUUUUGACACCACACAUGUGCGUUAUGGCUUCCUUGAUCUGCUCAAGACAGCUGUUUGGAUGGCUCUUUUGCAAAGUACAUCCUGGUGCUGUUGUUUUUGCCGUAUUAGCAGCAAUGUCAGUACAAGGUUCAGCAAAUCUACAAACCCAGUGGAAUAUUGUAGGGGAAUUCAGCAAUUUGCCACAAGAAGAACUUAUAGAAUGGAUCAAAUAUAGUACUAAACCAGACGCGGUGUUUGCGGGCGCCAUGCCCACGAUGGCCAGCGUCAAGCUCUCCGCGCUUCGGCCGGUUGUGAACCACCCUCAUUACGAAGACGCGGGUCUGAGAGCCAGAACGAAAAUAGUCUACUCCAUGUACAGUCGAAAAGCAGCGGAAGACGUGAAGCGGGAGUUGAUGAAGUUACAGGUGAAUUACUACAUUCUGGAAGAGUCCUGGUGCGUAAGAAGGUCCAAGCCGGGUUGCAGUAUGCCUGAAAUUUGGGAUGUGGAAGAUCCUGCGAACGCCGGGAAGCCUCCCUUAUGUAACCUCCUGGUGAAGGACCCCACGCCUCACUUCACCACCGUGUUCCAGAACAGCGUUUACAAAGUCUUGGAGGUUAUCGGAGAGUGACCGCUGCCCACGGAGAAGUACAUCAGUGAUGGUUUUAAUGCUCUGCUAAUAGCUCAUGCCUUGUUUUUAAUUCAAAUCCCAAAAACUUUUAUAGGAAACUGUUUUCAAAUAGAAAAUGUUUUAGUUGGUCAAUUUGUCAUUCCGAUUAUAAGACACAUGCCAUUAUCAGUUGGGUACUAUUUCAGUGCACCCCUGAAAAUUUGCUAUGCAAAUGAGUAUAUGCUUGUAUUUGACUUAAAUAUUUGUGCGAAAAUGAGCAGUCAACUGUAUACAAAACAUGAUGGGAUGGUAUGAAAAUGCAGUCAGUUCUGAACUCUCUGGGGGCUGAUUUUACAGCUCAUGGACCAUUGAUGCCCCUUGCUCCUUUUCUGCCUCUUGCACCUGUUUUUUUGGACAUCUCAGUGGUUAUUGUGAGCUCCUCGUUCAUGUCAGUCCCUGCCAUCAGCCUCAGUAAGAGUAGAUGGGGCAGACUUGGGUAUUUGCUGUGUGGAAUUAUCUGUUUAUUUCACUUCUUUGUGUUCUUUUGUUCUCUGUUGCUCUUGUUGAUGAAGCAUUUCCUGCCCAUUAUUAAUCCAGACUCUUGGACCUAGUGGUCAGGACCAAAUUCUUGUACUUACCAGGAGUGUGGUAUUAGCAUCUCUCCGCCCCUCUCCGCCCCUCCCCCUCCCUCGCUCCCUCCCUCCCUCCCUCCUUCUUCCUCCCUCCUUCCCUCCCUCCUCCCCAUUCCCCAGCAUUCUCUGUCAAAUAAGUGAUAUUUACUUGUUUAGUUUCUUAUCAAGUACUUUUUCUUGGUUAAAAAAAUUUAAUGACUGUGUAUUUUUCUCAUUUUUAGUAUUAUUCAGAAGUGUAUAUUUUAAUACCUUUAAACCACUUAAAAUCUUUUCAUGUUUAAUUAUAGUUUUAAGAAAAACCAUUUUGAACAACCUCAAAUGUAAUACAUCUAGAAACUAAUGUAUAGUCCUGUAGACAUAAUUUACAGUGGAGCAGUAGACUGUAGAAUGUGGUAGUUUUUCUUUUACUAUUAAGAUAUAAUAAAACAUGAGACUAAUUUUUCUGUCAAAAAGUAAAUGAAUAAUGAUAAGCGAAUGGCAUUUUUAUAUUUUACUUUUAAAAUUGCCUGUCUUUAAUAAGACAAAGCCUUAAGCCUUACAGUUUUGGUUCCAGAAACCAAGCAUUAGGAAUGAGGAAUGAAUAUAUUCAGCCUGCCUUGUUAUUCUUUUCCUUCCUAUUUAUUUUUAUUUUGAAAAUACUUCAAACCUGCUUUGAAUUCUUAUGUGAAUUUUUGUUUCCUAGAAGUUAAUUUGUGUGAAAUGAGAUUCUUCAGAACAGCGAACCCCUUAUAGUUCUGGAAAAUGAUUUUACGAUUUCAAAUUCUGAACAAACCGUGCCUCCGGCAGAUUGCACAUGUAAUUAUACAGUGUUCUCUUUAUUAACCACGGGCAGAUUAACCGCACUGUGGAUUGUCCUUGAGACCCAAGUCCCCAGGGACGGUGUUCGGUGCCCGCUCCUGGGAGCCGCUGAAGAGCGUUUGUCUUUCUGCCUCUGUGCGGCUGAGGGCGGCCCGGCCUGGGGGAGGCGCUAGCGUGCUUAGGGCAGAGCCCCCGGGAGCCCCCUCUUUCUCGCCUGCUGGGUGACUUUUAUUUCUUUGGUUUUGCCAGUUUCAGAAAACGGGGAGUAGCCCGGGAGUUUGGGGUUAGGAGUGGAAUGUGAGCAAGGAGGUGGCCGUCCAGACAGAUGGGCAGCGGCCGCUCGGGGCCCAGGAGGGUGAGGGUCGCCGGGCGGCAGGAGGGGACGUGUGCUGGGCUCUGUCUGCACCUGGGUCUCACCCACAUAUGGCUGUUUUGUAAGUUCGGCAGUUACAAUUUGUUUUUUUGUUUUUGUUUUUUAAAUGGUACUUUUAAAGUUAGUCUCUGUUUUUCUCACCCUCCAAUCAUUUUCUUCCUAAUAAGUUCACAUGUAAUGACUGGAAAUUCUGUACAGGAAAAAAAUGUUAAAAUACUCUUAAAACGGUUUCAUAUGCUGGGAAAGGGUAGAAGGAGUCAAAUUCGCUCUCUUUCCGAAGACCCCUUUCGUAACAGUGUUUGUUAACGUGACUCUCCGGCAAGCUCCGGCUCUGUUUCAAGCCGGACAGCUCGCUGCUCUGCAGGCUCCGUCUUGGUCACGUCUGGUAGCAGCCGGCGCUGCAGAUUAUGAAACUCUCUUAUGACAGCAUAGCCUAGUAGUAGCUUUGAUAUACAUGACAAAACAGUAUUAAAACUCAGUAUUUUACCCAUUUUUAGCAUUUAAAAAUAGUUUUGCUUUAGCGUGAGGAAGGUAAAGUAGACAAGGAGGCGGUGAAAAUAGCUCGUGCGAGCACGCGAGAAACAGAGCUGGGGCAGGAUUCCACUUAGAAAAAACCGUAGUGUUAAAAUAAGACUAUGACAUUAAGGAGAAAAUGAAAGGGUGUAUCAGGAAUAAAUGAUAUUGCAUAGAAGUAUUGUAUUUUUAUGAAUUUUCUGCCAGUUGUUUACAUGUACUAUGUAUGUUAAAUAAAAAAAGAUCAUAAAAAGA